AUGUCUCAUGGACACAUGUCUCUGGGACACAUGUCUUGUGGACACAUGAUUUGUGAACAGAUGUCUCGUGGACAGACGUCUCGUGGGCAGAUGUCUCGUGGGCAGAUGUCUCGUGGGCAGAUGUCUCGUGGGCAGAUGUCUCGUGGACAGACGUCUCGUGGGCAGAUGUCUCGUGGGCAGAUGUCUCGUGGACAGACGUCUUGUGGGCAGAUGUCUCGUGGGCAGAUGUCUCGUGGGCAGAUGUCUAAUGAGCAGAUCUCUUGCAGACAUAUCUCAUGGACAGAUGUCUCGAGGACAGAUGUCUUCUGGACAGAUGUCUAA